AUUUUUUGACAUAUGGAGAAAAGUAAAUAUUUAUUUUUGAUCUGUCAAGUUCUGUGCUCUACUUUGUUCGAUCAAAAAUUAAAUUAAUUUCUCUUCGAUGUGGAAACUAAUUGAAACAAUUAUUUACUCUGGAAGUUAUACAGGUGGGUGAAAUAUUUACUGCAGCUGGCCAGGCUUUCACUAAAUUAGGGGACUUGACAAUGCAGUUGCAUCCAAAUGCAGACUCUCCAACAGGCAAAUGGACCGAUGAAGAAAUUGAGAUGUUGCGGCAGGUAGUUAAACAAUUUUCAGAUGGCUUACAUCAGCUUAGUGAACAUAUCAAAAGGAGGACAGUAACCCAAAUUAGAACAGCUCUGAAGAAGAAGGCUUUCGAAGAUGCUGGCUUACCAGUUAGACAAAUUUCUGUACCAUCAUCCCAGUUACAAUUGCAGCAAGUUCCUCAGACUCAUAAAUCAGAAGUAACCUUAAAUAUGUUGAAUGCAGCAGAAUCUGAAGUGGAUGUUGAAGGUUUACAUGAAGAAGUUAAAUUAGAGUUUGAAGGUGCAGAUGACAAUGUUGCAUCUUAAUCAGUUAAGUGUACUUCAUUAUUUUUGUGAUAUACUUCUCAUUGUACAAAUUACAAUAUUUUGAAUAAGAUCAAUAAAUUUUAUUAAGGAAG